AUGUGUGCAACAAUCAGCGCAACAAUGAAUGUCUCGCAAACCUAUGGCCGCCAGAUCUGGACGAGUCUGAAGAAAAACUACGGCGUUUGGCCGGUAGUGGUGUUCGCAUUCGGUUUGGCGCCGGUCUUCGUGAUCGUGCAGUCCAUACACUCGUUGAGAGGGCCCGACUCCCGGUUCAGCAAAGACUUCGAGCCCUGGCAUAAGUUUGAUAACAAAAAGUUCAAAUUCAUCUCUAAUGAAGACUAUCAAAACUAUGUCCACCCGAGACCCAGAUUUGAAGAAUAA